UUUUAAUUUCUUUUUUGAAAGGCCGAAAAGAAAGUUGAACAGAUAACCCGCCUAUAUAAAUUCAACAUAUUUCUCCCCUUUGAAUUGUCUCGUUGUCCUCAGUUUCAUCGGCCGUUUUUGUUAUCUCCGGCGAGAAGAGAGAGAAAGAAGAACAAAAAGCGAGAAGAAAAGAGAGAGAAAGAGACCGGAAUCAUCUCGGUUCCUUUUUUCUUCUUCGAUCUCAUCUUCUUCUUCGAUCUCAUCUUCUUCUUCUUCUUCCGCUCUUCGAUCUUUCUCGUUCAAGCUUAUAAAAAAUGGCUGAGGCUGAUGAUAUUCAACCCAUCGUCUGUGACAAUGGUACUGGAAUGGUGAAGGCUGGUUUCGCCGGAGAUGAUGCUCCAAGGGCAGUUUUCCCGAGUGUUGUUGGUAGGCCAAGACAUCAUGGUGUGAUGGUUGGGAUGAACCAGAAGGAUGCAUAUGUUGGUGACGAAGCACAAUCCAAAAGAGGUAUUCUCACCUUGAAAUACCCAAUUGAGCAUGGUGUUGUGAGCAACUGGGAUGAUAUGGAAAAGAUCUGGCAUCACACUUUCUACAAUGAGCUCCGUAUCGCUCCUGAAGAGCACCCUGUUCUUCUUACCGAGGCUCCUCUUAACCCAAAGGCCAACAGAGAGAAGAUGACCCAAAUCAUGUUCGAAACCUUCAACUCUCCCGCCAUGUAUGUCGCCAUCCAAGCUGUUCUCUCCCUGUACGCCAGUGGUCGUACAACCGGUAUCGUGCUGGAUUCUGGUGAUGGUGUGUCUCACACUGUGCCAAUCUACGAGGGUUUCUCUCUUCCACAUGCCAUCCUCCGUCUGGACCUUGCUGGUCGUGACCUCACUGAUUACCUCAUGAAGAUCCUUACCGAGAGAGGUUACAUGUUCACCACAACAGCAGAGCGGGAAAUUGUAAGAGACAUCAAGGAGAAGCUUUCCUUUGUUGCUGUGGACUACGAGCAGGAGAUGGAGACUUCCAAGACCAGCUCCUCCAUCGAGAAGAACUAUGAAUUACCCGACGGACAAGUGAUCACGAUCGGAGCUGAGAGAUUCAGGUGCCCAGAAGUCUUGUUCCAGCCAUCGUUUGUGGGAAUGGAAGCUGCUGGAAUCCACGAGACGACCUAUAACUCAAUCAUGAAGUGUGACGUGGAUAUCAGGAAGGACUUGUACGGUAACAUCGUGCUCAGUGGUGGAACCACCAUGUUCUCUGGUAUUGCGGACCGUAUGAGCAAAGAGAUCACAGCACUUGCACCAAGCAGCAUGAAGAUUAAGGUCGUUGCACCACCUGAGAGGAAAUACAGUGUCUGGAUCGGUGGUUCCAUUCUUGCUUCUCUCAGCACAUUCCAGCAGAUGUGGAUCUCCAAGGCUGAGUAUGACGAGGCAGGUCCAGGGAUUGUUCACAGAAAAUGCUUCUAAGCUCUCAAGAAAAAGGCUAAAAGCUGGGUUUUAUGAAUGGGAUCAAAGUUUCUUUUUUUUUUUUUUUUCCUAUUUGCUUCUCCAUUUGUUUGUUUCAUUUCCUUUUUUUUUGUUUUCGUUUCUGUGCACUUGUGUGUGACAAACUCUCUGGGUUUUACUUACGUCUGCGUUCCAAAAAAAAACCGCUUUCGUUUGGCGUUUUAGUCCAUUGUUUUUGUAGCUCGAGUGAUCGAAUUGAUGCCUCUUUAUUCCUUAUUAUUCUAUAAUUUCUUUCAAAACUCGGAAGAAGAACCUUUGAUACUCUUUGCAUUGUUAAUAUAAGUAUUGUAUGAGACAA